CGGAGGGCGGCGAGCUUCGGUCCUGCACGCACCGAGAUGGAGCCGCAGUCUCCCGGCGGUGCUGGCCCCUCGCGCGGGGCGACCACGCACACGCCGGACGGCGCGUACAAGUUCGAGCUCGGGCCGCUCGGCGCGCUCGGCUCGGGCGCGCACGGCGUCGUGCGGCUUGCGCGGCAUGUGGAGUCGGGGGAGAUGGUUGCGAUCAAGGUGAUGCCGACGGCGGUGAUGGGGGCAGUGGCCAAGGAGCUGGUCGCGAUGGCCAAGGUGGACCACCCCAACAUCGUGCGGCUGUUGGGCACGCAGGUCGACCUCGACCGGAAGCGGGUCUACAUGGUGAUGGAGCUCUGCCAAGGCGGCGAGCUCUUUGACCGGAUCGCCGAGUGCGGCAAGCUGGAGGAGGACCAGGCGAGGCAGUACUUGGUGCAGAUGGCGCUCGCGAUCGAGCACUGCCACGGGCUCAACGUCUACCACCGCGACCUCAAGCCUGAAAACAUUCUCCUCUCGCAGCAAGACCGCGUCAAGAUUGCAGACUUUGGCCUCGCCGCGAUGGUCGGCCAGGUGCGCGAGGACGCCUCCUUCCUGCGGCACACAAAGUGCGGCUCGCUCAUGUAUGCCGCGCCAGAGGUGCUCGUCUCGGACGCAUCGCGAGGGUACGACGCGGCCAAGGCCGACAUCUGGUCGCUCGGCGUCAUCCUCUACUCGAUGCUGUCUGGCGCGCUGCCCUUCCAGGUCGCCAACGCGCGGAAGUGCACGCGCUAUGCCGUCGUCGAGGAGCGAGGCAUGGCGGUCCUCUGCGACGCGUCCGGCUUCUCGGCCGACGCGAGCAGCAUCCUCGUCGCGAUGCUCGAGCCCAACCCCG